AUGGGUGGCAUGAUCAAGGACGCCACUGAGGUACAGACGGUGAAAAUCGAGGAGAUUCAAAAGAACGUCACGUCGGUCUCCGUGGAGGUCCGUUCCCUCAGCUCCCGCCAGCAGGCCCUAGAGGCUCGCAUGGACGCUUACGAGAGUGGACAGCAGCAGAGAGCAGUGUUCAUUCCCAUGGGUAGAGGAAAAACGAUAUGUGUUGGUGGCUUCAAAUACGACGCUAGCGACAAGCUGGUGGCACAGAUCAAGUCCGAGCUCGACAGGGAGAACAUCCUCUACGAGCGCGUCGUGGGUACUGGUUCUUAUGGUGAACGUGUAAAAGUACAUUUCUACAGCUCAGACCAGAUGUGGGUAUGUCUCAAGAAGAUGAAAGGCAGAAAGUUCAAUGGUGGCUCCCUUCGCCAGGCAGGUCGCACGGCUCUUUGGCACAACAUCGACAAAGUCGGCUGGGAGAUCGGCGUGAGCAAGCAGCAGGUAAAGGCCGUGGCGGAGCUCAAACCAGUCCUGGCAGCCAUCUUCCCGAACAGCCCGCAGCACAACUGGGACGCAGCCUUCGACAUCAAGAACGACAGGGGGGAGGUCAUCUUCCUGCCGAUGUCGUUGCCAGGGAACGCCCACCAGGGAGGCCCCAUCAAAGUGUACGAUUGCGACAGGACCACCCACAAGAUGAAGAUCCCGCCCUCCGCGAACGCGUUGCUGCAGGACCUGAACAUCGACCUCAAGCUCCAGACACACCUCGGUGAGAUCCACGCUGUG